CGCGGUGCGGCUAGCGCUGUGUAGGGUGACAUGUGACUCGCUGGCCCUGUCCCAAUGGCUGGCAGAGGGUGGGGCCAUGGCGGCUGCAUGUGAUCAGAGGAGUGUCCGCUCCCCGGAGUGAGUCCCCAGCCUGCCUGCCGAUCUCCGGAUUAUUGUGACCGCGUUCGGCUCCCCGUUCCCCGCGCUGCUCGGUGCCGGGGGCUCGGUAUCGGUGUGGGAGCCGCUCGGUGUCGGGAGCCGAUCCUUCCCGGGCUGCACUCAGUGAGUCCCCGCUCACUCUCCAUUACCCGAUCUGUUAAAGAAGAUGGUGGAUCGCUUGGCAAACAGCGAAGCAAAUGCAAAGCGCAUUAAUCUUGUGGAAAACUGUUUUGGAACAGCUGGGCAGCCUCUAGCUAUACCGGGCAGAGUACUCAUUGGAGAAGGCGUGUUAACAAAGCUUUGUAGGAAGAAACCAAAAGCCAGGCAGUUUUUCCUGUUCAAUGACAUCCUUGUCUAUGGCAAUAUUGUCAUACAGAAGAAAAAAUACAAUAAACAGCACAUAAUUCCUCUUGAAAAUGUUACAAUAGACUCUAUAGAAGAUGAAGGAGAUUUGCGGAAUGGGUGGCUUAUCAAGACUCCUACAAAAUCAUUUGCAGUCUAUGCAGCUACAGCAACUGAGAAGUCAGAAUGGAUGAAUCACAUCAAUAAGUGUGUGUUUGAUUUAAUAUCAAAAGGUGGAAAGACGCCAAACAGUGAGCACGCUGCGGUGUGGAUUCCAGAUUCUGAUGCUACAUUUUGCAUGCGUUGUACAAAAGUAAGGUUUACACCCGUUAAUCGGCGACAUCACUGUCGGAAGUGUGGAUUUGUUAUCUGUGGACCUUGCUCUGAGAAAAAGUUUCUACUUCCAAGUCAGUCUUCCAAACCUGUACGGGUUUGUGAUUUCUGCUACGAUUUACUAUUCAGUGGAGAAAUGUCCUGUCAGGCUGGCAGAUCGGACUCUCUUUCUAGUUCUCCAAAAUCAACAAACAAUUUGUCUGAUAAUGACGACGACGAGGAUAGCAGUGACUAAGCAACUAUAUAAAUUCAACUUUUUUGAAUUAGUGCUGCUUCUUAUAAGGGGUUUAUGGCGUUAAGCAACCUUGUUUACCCUGGUUUUGCCUGAGAAUAUUUAACUACAUGUGCCUCUGAUUUAUAAUAUAUGUUUAUGUAUACUUUGUGCUCCUUCAGGGAUAAGAUGUAGAAAUCUGUAAUUGUGUUACUUCUGCGCAAUGUGUCCUGGUUUUUAUAGAAUUUUCUGUAACCUUGCAAUUGGUUUCCUUGAGUUAUAUAAUAUCUUGGAGCAGUUUGCAUCAACACUUUAUAAAUUUAAGCACAGUAUAUACUCCCCUUGAAUUUUAUAUUGUGCUUCAAUACUGUAAUUUAAAAUAUUAAGCAGUAGAUUUACAAAAACUGCCAUGAUGUGCCUUAUUAAUGAUAAAAUUGGAAAGCUUUUUUUUUUUUUAUUCCCUUAUUUCUGUAUUGAUAAUCAAACGCAUGGUGCUUGUUUGAACACUAUAGGAAUAAAGUAUUGCUCUACAUAAGGCAAAGAGCGCUUCAAGUUUCUUAAAAUGUUCCUUUUUAAAAAAUAUAUCUGCUAUUCUAAUAAAACAAUAUACAAAAUUA